GGAAGCUAGAGCGAUUGAGACGGCUGAUAUGAAAUUGUCACCUCGGAUUAGUACACCAAAACAGACUGAGCGGAAUAAUUUGGGAAGAAUCGUAGGAAGAAUGGGUUCAAGUAGUUUAAUACAGAAAAAGAAGCCUGGCGGAAUCGGUUUGUCCAGUGCCAGGGCAAAUGCCUUCAACCACCAGUUCGAUCGAUCUGGGUUCGGAUCAAGCUCAGCCCAUGCCGGUGCGCAGUCGUUUUCAAGCCGAGGUCCACUGGGAGGAUUUGGAGUAUCUUCCGCAAACUCCGCAACGCAGACAUUUCGAAUGGGACCACGUGGACUAACAGGUUCAUCACAAUAUUCUGGAAGUCAAAGUUAUAAAUUAGGAAAUCGUCAUUUGAACAUAGCACUGAGCAGAGGGUUAUCGAUGGCAAACGGAAAACCAAGUAUAUCGCAUGGAAGCUCGAUAAGUUUCUCUUGAUGACAAUUCUGAGGAUUUUCUGAGGAAAACAAUAGAGAAAAUAAUACUCAACAUCUGAUUAAUUGUAUUGCUGGACAUGGAACUAUUGUUUUGAAUAAAAAAAGACUCAGCAUAA